AGAGUUUUCGCAACCGAUGUGGGUCUCUUGACUUGUCCUGGGCCAUAAGUCCAGGCAAGAACGCGCGUGUGCUUGCUCCAAGUUGAGCUCACGGACGUGGUAAUUAGUCUGCUCUCUGCAGUAGGACUGCAUGCCCGCGAUCGUCGCGUCCAAGACACGACAAAAGGAUGGGGCUGAGCGGCCCGAUUUUUGGCACCAGCUAAGUUCGGGGAGUACUGCUACUUGUACGCCACUGAGCCGCGACGCCGCUCGCUUUGAGGUGAGUCGAUCCCGUUCAGGGUCGACGUCAAGGUUCGAACUUGAGGUGCCACCAGAAACUUUCUUGAACGAGGAGGACUCGGAACCGGCCGCAGAUGCAGCCCAGAUCCGACUCCGGCCACCACCUGGCCCUGCUCCCUCCUACAAUUUCCGCCGACGCUUGUAUGUGGAGCUUACGAGUCAGGUGGCAGAACAGGAUGCAGAACAGGUGGCUGAAGAGGAUGACGAGGUGGUGAUCUGUGGCCCCUUGCAGCAGCGCUAUUUUGGAUUCAUUUGGAGAUGGAGGAAAACGAGGCCUACGCGUGGUCAGGGCUAAGAGCAAUUGCUCUUUCUCUCGCAGCAGCGAUUGGUCUCCUGAAGAAUUGGUGCUGACUCUGAAC